GUGAUGGCAUUUUCGAUAAAGAAACGCACCAACACACGGUUAAAUGAGAUUGAGAAGAUCCAACAGCCGGUAGAAUAUGUCCCAAAUUGCUAUGGCGAUCGAUUCAUACCGCGCCGCUACGCUCUAUCCCGACCGAGCCGUUUCAAGGCGGAAAGUAAACCUGAACGGAAAACGGAUCCAAUGGUGAUGAAGGAGAUGCCCGGCUACUGGCGUACCCAUCACUAUUCGUCCGUGCUGAAGAAAGCUUUCGGGCUGGUCUCGACAAGCGAUAAGAUUUUGUCGUUCAAGGAUACAACUACCAAAUGUACCCUGGAAUGGGUCGUUCGUCCGAUCUACAGCAAUCUCCAGAAGUUGGACUGGAGCUGCCGUCCGCGUACCAAACCGAUCGGAUUCAUCGAGGCCGUACACGAUCUGCCCAACAUCAAGACGUACUAUCAUAAAAUCAUUGACUGGUCGGUUGCCGGCCAGAUAGCAGCAAUUUUCAGCAAGAAGCUCGUAAUCUGGACACCGAACACGGAUGUGAUUAUUGGGCUGCGCGCCCAGUACACGACCUCUAUAGCGUUCAAUCCAGCCGGCGAUCAGCUGGCAAUGGCAAUUUUUAUGAUGAACCGGCCCUGGCUGGACAUUCUGGACGUUGGCAGCAAUCCUAUCGAGCAUCACGGUGCACUGAAAAUGCUCGACCCAUUGGAACACCCGGUCAGCUGCCUUACCUGGGACGGUAGCGGUCAGUAUGUGGUAUGCGGGUUCGGUAACGGGCAGAUUUCGAUCGUAUGCGUGCACCCCAGAUGUAGCAAGAGCGUGUGCGACAACAAGUACUGCGCUCACAAGGCUUCGAUCAUCUCGAUCAAGUUCUCCUGCGGGUCCAAGUAUAUGGCCACCGCGGACGAGCUGGGUCAGGUGUACAUCUGGUACUGGAACGGUGGUCACCUGACGCCGAUUACGCGCUGGGCGAGCGCAAUGUGUGCCUUCUUCGACUGGCAUCCGUGGCGUGAGGAUGAGAUUGUUAUCGCCGACAGCGAACCGAUCAUGAUCGCACUGUACCACGUUCCGAGCCGCCAGGUGGUGUCGUACUAUCGACGCCAGGACAGCGAUUGUAUCGUGACGACGCUUUCGUUCAAUAAGAUUUCCGGCGAGCUGGUCGUGUGCUACUCCUUCACGGAUGCAAACAAACCGCCUGAAAUACUGGUGCUGGCCUCGAUGGACCGUGUGGUGGAUGUGAUGCGCAAUCACGAUGACGUCAUCGUACAUCUGCUGUGGAGUCCGGAUGGAAAACAGCUUGCGAGUGUAGGAUAUGAUGAAACGCUCACGAUUUGGAACUUCUUCGGCAUCUCACCAACGAACAAGUGCAAAAGGAAGAAACUGCAAUGUGAAUCGACGGCCAGUAGCAGUAGGCCACGGGGUGGUGAGUCCGUCGUCGGUGGGCUAGUGGGUGGACGGGAUGCAUCGCGCAUCCAGUGCAACCGUAACAAAGAAGCCACCUAUCGCGAUCUGGCCUCGAGUUUUCUGUUCAAGGCAAUGCGCUGA